AUGGUCAGGAGUGGAGCGACCUAUUUGCCAUAUUACCUUCCUUGCCCGGAUCUCUUCACCAUCAAACUACAAUACAGAGAGGAAAAGGCACUUCCACCCUUUCCGCAGUUAUUUUACCCUCAGCCAAAAGCUCUGCAGCAGAUGCGCACUGAUGUGCUCACACUGACCCCGUGGCUGGCCCCUGUUGUCUGGGAAGGGACCUUCAACUCAGACAUGCUGGACAGUGUUUACAAGCCGCUGAACCUCACCAUUGGAGUGACGGCCUUUGCCAUUGGGAAAUACAUGCAAUUUGUAAGCCGCUUCUUGGACUCUGCAGAAAAGCACUUCAUGACAGGCUACCGCGUGAAUUACUACAUUUUCACCGACAAUCCUCAAGAACUCCCCUUUGUUCGGCUUCAGCCUGGACGAAUCCUCAGCCUCGUCCCCAUCAAAAAAUACAGCCACUGGCAAGAGAUCUCCAUGCGGCGGAUGGAAGCCAUAAACCUCCACAUCUCAGAGACCAUCCACCGUGAAGCAAACUACCUCUUCUGCUUGGACAUUGACAUGGUGUUCCAUAACUCGUGGGGCACGGAGACCCUGGGGGAGAUGGUAGCCGCGAUCCAUCCGGGCUACUAUAAAGUCCCAAGUCGGGAGAUGUUCCCUUAUGAGAGGAGAAAGUCUUCUGCAGCCUACAUCUCUAGCAAAGAGGGGGACUUCUACUAUGGCGGGGCUGUCUUUGGCGGCCUGAUCAAGAACGUGUAUGAGUUUACCAGGGCUUGCCACAUGACCAUACUGGCUGACAAGGCCAACGGCAUCAUGGCGGCCUGGCAGGAAGAGAGCCAUCUGAACAAGCACUUUCUGUCCCUUAAACCUUCAAAGCUGCUGUCGCCGGAGUACAUCUGGGAUGACCGGAAGCCAAAGCCUCCUGAGCUGAGGAUCAUACGGUUCUCAACGGUGUCGAAGAAUUACAAGGCGCUAAGGAACUAG